AGCAUGGAGCCCAAAUUCACUAGUUGCCAAGCAAGCUCUGAAUCAAACCGGGAGCUAGAACAGAAAAACAGAAAUCUAGAAGUUGAGCAUGAUAUAAAAGUUAUGAAUAACUUAGAACAAGGCAGAGUCCUGAAAGUUUAUUACGAAGAUACUAAUACCAACAUUUAUAUGGCAGUUGAGAACUCCUUCCUUAAUAAAAACAUCUAUUAUUUCAAAGAUAUACGAUCAGUCAAUUUAGACUUGCUCAUAAAGGAGAAAUAUGGCCGUACUGCUAUGAUAAAUCCAAGCUACGCUCGUAUAGAUAGCCAGGAUGUUACAAAUUAUUUCUCAAGAAAGACUGAUUGGAUAUCAAUCAGAAAAAAUAUAAUCUGGACAAAAAUUGGAAGCUCAAUAUUCUUUUUAGAUUUAAAGGAUAAGUACUAUAAGACUUUAGUUUAUAAAUCACUGAGUAUGGUCACGGAUAAGUUCAUCCUCUCAAAUUUCAAACUCAGCUGCAGAGACUUAGCCAAAAUUAUCAUGCUUGGGAGCAGGAUCCAUACUCUCAUCUUCGAAUCAUGUAGAAUCAAGACAAGUGCUUUCCCAAAAGGGUUCACCAGUUUUUACAAAGAUGAGCUUGAUCCCAGAAUUCAGAUUAAAUCGGUCUUAUUUAAAAGCUGCCAAGUUGACCAAGCUGGAGAAGAUUUAGGUUAUCCAGUGAUGGCAUCAACUGUGAUGGAUAGUAUUCUUAGCUCUAACCUGACCAAAUCUCUGGAGACAGUGACAUUCCAAGGCUUGUCAAGCCAAGAUGAUAAAGAUCAGAUAAUUAAAUCUCUGGAGCACAACAAUGUAUCCGUAAAAGAACAAGAUUCUCGUGAUCUGAUCAACUUUAUAAUCACUAAGUCAGAUAGUCAAUAAAAUUUCAAUUUCAUAAGCUAUGUUGAAAAUAACAGUUCAA